CAUACUAUCUCUCUCAUAAGGCUUAUAAAAAAAAAUCUCUCAUAAGUUUGAGAACUUGUCAAGUUUCCUUCUCUUCUCUUUAUAUCUCUCUCCCUCGUUUAUCUCAGUGUAACCAUGGUAAAUCAAGCUCCUCAAGAUGAUUAUGAUGAUGAGAAAUUGGCAAGACAAAAAGAAAUCGAAGAUUGGUUACCAAUUACUUCAUCAAGAAAUGCUAAAUGGUGGUACUCUGCUUUUCACAAUGUCACCGCCAUGGUUGGUGCCGGAGUUCUCGGCCUCCCUUACGCCAUGUCUCAACUCGGCUGGGGAUCGGGAGUUGCAAUAUUGGUCCUCUCAUGGGUCAUAACACUAUACACACUAUGGCAAAUGGUGGAAAUGCACUAAAUGGUUCCGGGAAAGCGUUUUGAUCGUUACCAUGAACUCGGACAACAUGCGUUUGGAGAAAAGCUUGGUCUUUACAUAGUCGUGCCGCAACAGCUGAUCGUGGAAAUAGGCGUUUGUAUCGUUUAUAUGGUCACUGGAGGCAAAUCUCUAAAGAAGUUUCAUGAGCUUGUUUGUGAGGGCUGCAAACCCAUCAAACUUACUUACUUCAUCAUGAUUUUUGCUUCUGUUCAUUUCGUCCUUUCUCAUCUCCCCAAUUUCAAUUCCAUCUCUGGCGUUUCUCUCGCUGCCGCGGUUAUGUCUCUAAGCUACUCAACAAUCGCAUGGGCAGCUUCGACGAGUAAAGGCGUUCGAGAAGAUGUUGAAUAUGGUUACAAAGCAAAAUCAACAGCCGGUACGGUUUUCAAUUUCUUCAGCGGUUUAGGUGAUGUGGCAUUCGCUUACGCAGGCCACAACGUUGUCCUUGAGAUCCAAGCAACGAUCCCCUCGACUCUUGAGAAACCAUCAAAAGGCCCGAUGUGGAAAGGAGUCAUCGUUGCUUACAUCGUUGUCGCACUUUGUUAUUUUCCGGUGGCUCUCGUCGGAUAUUACAUUUUCGGGAACAGUGUUGAAGAUAAUAUCCUCAUAUCACUUAAAAAGCCAGCUUGGUUAAUCGCGACGGCUAACAUCUUUGUCGUGAUCCAUGUUAUCGGUAGUUACCAGAUAUAUGCAAUGCCGGUUUUUGACAUGAUGGAAACUUUAUUGGUUAAGAAGCUUAAUUUUAGACCAACCACGAUUCUCCGGUUCUGUGUUCGUAGUUUCUAUGUUGCUGCAACCAUGUUUCUUGGUAUGACGUUCCCGUUCUUUGGUGGCCUUUUGGCGUUCUUUGGUGGAUUCGCGUUUGCUCCCACGACAUACUUCCUACCUUGCAUAAUUUGGCUAGCCAUCUACAAACCUAGGAAGUACAGCUUAUCUUGGUGGGCCAACUGGGUAUGUAUAGUGUUUGGUAUUUUCUUAAUGGUCUUGUCGCCUAUUGGAGGGCUAAGGACGAUCGUUAUUCAAGCAAAGGAAUACCAGUUUUACUCGUAAAUACUGAUUAAUAUGACUAAUGGUUAAGAAACAUAUCUAUAUAUUAAUAUGUGUGUGAAGAAGAUUUUAAAAGAUCAACAUGAGACAUAUAAUAAUCCCUGGUCUGAGGAUUGAAUUUAUAAUAGCUUUUAGGGUUUCUGUCUUUAUAUAUCUAUUAUACAAAACAACAAUAUAUUUUGU